ACAGAGACCACCACCAUUAAUGGCUUUCUUCGCCGAUACGAACAAGACAGAACACAACACAACCAAAACCAAACCCAGCCUCCUCUUCCCUCUCCUCCCCCCUUCUCUUUUCAUUUCUCACUAAUCCCCAUUUUUUUUUUUUCUCUCGUCUUAAUUUGAAUCUGGAUCAAACCACGCGACAACGCCAAGUCUGGAAAUUUUCCUUCCGGGAAGCUCUAUAAACAGGUCCCAGAGAUAAAUUUAAAAGACUUGAUCUAGUUAACUAAAAUAAACAAAUCUAAUCCAAGAGGAGUAAGUCAUCUGCUCCAAGUGAGAAAACAAGGUUUGAUUGAAUAAGGGACACCAUGGCUCCUGGAGGCAGUGCUUUGAAAGAAGUCCUGGAAUCUAAUUCAACGGGAAUGGAUUACGAGGUUAAAACAGCGAAAGUGGAAGUUAAUAAUAGCAAACCUACAAAACCAGGUGGUGCAGGGAUUGGUAAAUAUGGCAUCCAUUCUAACAAUGGUGUUUAUGAGCUUCUUGAAUGUCCCGUCUGUACAAAUUUAAUGUACCCUCCAAUUCAUCAGUGUCCAAAUGGCCACACAUUAUGUUCAAACUGCAAAGUGAGAGUGCAGAACACUUGCCCUACAUGUCGCUACGAGCUUGGUAACAUAAGAUGCUUAGCUCUUGAGAAAGUUGCAGAGUCUCUGGAAGUUCCAUGCCGUUACCAGAAUUUGGGGUGUCAUGACAUUUUUCCUUACUACAGCAAGCUUAAGCACGAGCAGCACUGCAGGUUUAGGCCUUACACUUGCCCUUAUGCUGGCUCUGAGUGUUCGGUUACAGGUGAUAUCCCCACACUAGUUGUUCAUCUUAAAGAUGAUCAUAAAGUCGAUAUGCAUGAUGGGUGCACUUUCAACCACCGUUAUGUUAAGUCAAAUCCGCAUGAAGUCGAAAAUGCUACAUGGAUGCUUACGGUGUUCAACUGUUUUGGGAGACAGUUCUGUUUACACUUUGAGGCGUUCCAGCUGGGGAUGGCUCCAGUGUACAUGGCAUUCCUUCGUUUCAUGGGAGAUGAGAACGAGGCGAAGAAGUUCAGUUACAGCUUGGAAGUAGGAGCUCAUGGACGUAAACUAACAUGGCAAGGGAUCCCUAGAAGCGUGCGUGACAGUCACAGGAAAGUCCGGGACAGUCAAGACGGACUCAUCAUACCAAGAAACCUUGCACUCUACUUCUCUGGAGGUGAUAGGCAAGAACUCAAGUUGAGAGUGACCGGUCGCAUCUGGAAAGAGGAGUAAACCAAAACGAAGACAAGAAGGGGAAUUGAUUGAAAAAUGAUGUACAUAAGAAAAGCCUCAUGAAGAGCUAAUGAUCAUAUGGAAGAUUUGAAGUUUGUUGUCUGGAUUUUUUUGUAAUGGAGUCUUUCUCCAGUGGGAAUGAAGUGAGAUGAUGAUGAUGAUGAUAAUAAUCUUCUAUGAUGAAUCAGUUUGGAGGGAGCCAUUGUUACUAUUUUGUGGCUGCAAGAAUUAUAUUAUCUCUGUAAUUUUUGGUUUUUUUUUUGUUGUUGUUGGGUUUCUGUGCUUUUCAGACAGGGAAUGUAGGAAAAAGUAAGACAUGAUUUUGGCUAUGUUCUCCUUGUUGUAAACCAGGUUCCAAAAAGAUUGGUGCAAAAAUUUCUUUUUUCUUUA